CUUCUGCACCAACUAGCUUGGGAUACACAGCCGUAUAUCGAACAAGCUAGCAUCUACAACAUUUGGGUUCUGAUCCGACAUGGCACCCAUCCAUGGUCAAUCAAGCCUCAGUCUCCACUAAGCUCACCGGCCAAAAUCUUGUUCCUUCUUCUUGCUCCUCACUAGUUGAAACGCGCUUCGUUCCCAUCGUUUCCUUCGUUAUAUAAGGGCUCACUCGCCUUCGCUUUGCUUCCUCACCACCUCAACCCCAGCUCCCCACCUGCCUCCUCCAACUCACACACCACAUAAAAAUCUAGCUUCCUCGAGAAGUACAUUCUUGUCUCCAAUCUCGCAACACCACUUUGAUCAGUUCUUGGCUCUCUGCCACAACUCGCAAAUUAUUAGUUGGAGAGGAAUUUCUUGUGUCGAGAGAGAUGGAGAGCGUUGAUGGCAAUGGAGGCAGCCGGCUGGUGGUGACGGAGCUGAGUCACAUCAAGGAGCUGGUGAGGCAGCUGGAGGUGAACCUGGGCGGGUCGCCCGACCUGUGCAAGUACCUGGCCUCGCAGAUCUUCUCCCUCACCGAGCGGUCCAUCGGCAUGAUCACCUCCUGCAAUCUCGACAACGGCCGGAAGCGGUCCGCGACCGACGCCGGCCUCGCCUCGGCGACGCCCACCCCCCGCAGCGACGUCUCCGACGUGCCUUUCAAGAUCACCAAGAAGAGGAAGAUGAUGGAGAAGCGGAAGCAUCAGGUGAGGGUGAGCUCGGUGGGAGGCGGCGAGAACCCCGUCGACGACGGCCACAGCUGGAGGAAGUACGGCCAGAAGAAGAUCCUUGGAGCCAAGUACCCAAGGGGCUACUACCGGUGCACGCACCGCCACUCCCAGGGAUGCGCCGCGAUUAAGCAGGUGCAGCGCACUGACGAGGACCCGACGCUCUUCGACGUGAUUUACCACGGCACGCACACCUGCGUUCACAAGAAGGCGGCGGCGGCGGCAGGUCAGGCCACGCAGCCGCCAGAGCGCAACCCGGAUGCCCACAGCCUCCUGCAGAGCCUGAGCGCAAGCCGGACGGUGAAGACCGAGGGACUCGCCGCGGCAGUGGAGCCCCUGCUGGACUGGAGCACCACAACCGCCACGCCGUUCUGCUUCUCCUCGACGCCGGAGUGCGGUGGCCUGGCACCGGCCGAGCGCAACCCAUUCUUGGUGCCGCCGACGUCGGAGAACUGGGGCGUGUCCCCGGCGACCUCGGACUCGAACCACGCUGCCUCCUUCCCGCCGUUCGAGGCUACCGCCGGGGACGCGGACUGUCGGGCGCAGUCCGAGCUCAAAGAAGUGGUAUCUGCGCUCGUGGCCGCGAGCGCGCCGGUGCCCGCCGAGGACAUCCCCGACGAGUUUUUCGACAUCGACAUUUCAAGCUUCUUUGCGUGAUCUGCGCGCGACAAGCAGCUGAUGUGAUGUGAGUAUGUGACGACCCCUCUGGGAUCUGGCGUUCGUACAGGGACAGAGGGAAGAGCACAAGUUCUUCUUCCUCGGUCAGUGCAGAUGUAAACGGUUUUGGUGUAAACCGUAGGAUAUGAGCAUACCAAGCACCCUUGUCUCUC